AUGGCCCUUACCCUGCUACUGUUGAUAGUUGUAAGUUCAAAAUUCUUAGAUGCAAGUUCUCAAGAUGGCAAAGCCAAAGGAGAAGUGUCGAUCUUGGGUAUGACGCUCCAAGGACAUAUCUUCAAAAAGGUCACAAAAGCGGCUCUCGGUGAUGUGUGUUUACGGGAAUGUUACCAAGACAUCAGAUGCCAGAGUUUUAACUACGUCUUUACCGAAGACAUUUGCGAGUUGAGCAACCGUACUAAGGAAGCCAGACCAGAGGAUUUUGUACCAAACUCUGAACGAUACUAUUUUAAAAAAGACAUGAAGAGAGGUGAGACCUUAAUGCUAAAAGUGGAAAAGAGGAAAUGAAGAGUUAAGAAUGUAUGGAGUGAUAAGUGAUAUAAGUAAACAAGAAACAAUCCGUUGUUUUUCAGUGCCUCUCGGGUCCGUUCCAGAACUUCCGGCUGAAACGUGUAAAGAGAUUAAGACAAGUGAAGGAGGGCAAGCGGUCAGUGCGAGAUACUGGAUUUCCUCCAUCAUACCUGAAAAGAUUGUAUUCGCUUACUGCGACAUGAAAACAGAAGGUACCUCAGUUCACCAUGAAAAUUGA